AUGAAAAGAAGUUCAAGGUUUCGAGGUGUUAGCAGGCAUCGAUGGACGGGUCGUUUCGAGGCCCACCUUUGGGAUAAAGGGUCUUGGAAUGCAACACAGAGGAAGAAGGGGAAACAAGUUUACCUUGGAGCCUACGAUGAGGAAGAAGCAGCAGCAAGAGCUUAUGAUCUUGCAGCGCUCAAGUACUGGGGACCUUCAACCUACACGAACUUUCAGGUAUCUGACUAUGAAAAAGAGAUACAAGUAAUGCAAAGCGUCACAAAAGAAGAGUACCUAGCAUCAAUAAGGAGGAAGAGCAGUGGUUUCUCAAGAGGUGUAUCCAAGUACCGGGGAGUUGCUAGGCAUCACCACAAUGGAAGAUGGGAAGCAAGGAUUGGCAGGGUCUUCGGGAACAAAUAUCUCUAUCUCGGCACUUAUAGCACUCAGGAAGAAGCUGCCCGUGCUUAUGACAUCGCCGCAAUCGAGUACAGAGGAAUAAAUGCUGUGACCAAUUUCGAUUUGAGCACAUACAUCAGAUGGCUAAAGCCAGGUGCCUCCUCCAAUGUGCGCAAUACUACCGGAGAGCAACAUGCAAAUAUUGAUGAAUUUUGUGCACUGCAAAUCCCAAACAACCACUUCUCAACAGGUCAAGCAGAAGAACACCUGAACUUCAACCCCUUUAUUACUGAAUACAUGAACUUACAGUAUAAGCAGGAAUACACGGCCGAUCAAUUCCCUGGUGGUGGUGGUGGUGCUGCUGCUGUUACUGGUUGCACUGGUGCAAGCAGCAAGUCCUCUCCGACCGCUCUUAGUCUCUUGUUAAAAUCCUCAAUAUUCAGGCAACUCGUAGAUAACUUCAGUGCGGUCAAUGAAGAGUUUGAAGGAGAUGGCACCAAGGAAAGGAAACGACUGCAGGGAGAACAUGAUCAGAGCAAUGGUAUCUUUUAUGAAGAAAUGGCAGGUGCACCGUAUGUUCGUGAUCCGAACGAUGAGCAUGGUCAAAGAAUUGAGCUGCUUCGGGAGACGGUUUGUUGUUAUGAGCACAGUGAGCAGCAGACACACUGGAACGGUAUUAUGAGCAUAUCGUCGAUGCAGCAGCUCAAGUAAGGAAGUCCUCGAGGGAGUGCCGGAGUCAGUUGAAAAUCUAGACGGCAGUGUCAUUCUAGCUGGUCUUGUCGUGUAUAUCGCCCUCACAUCUCCUCCGACUUGUAGUAACCUUAAAAAGCGACGAAUAAAGUGCACCAUCUCUUGAGAAUUCUAUCUAGCCUCCUAAAGGCUUGGUCGAUUGAUUGGAAGAAUUGAUGUCGUAGGAAGAUAAUUCGUUUGAAAGGCAGGAAUGACCGUUCGGGAUGCCAAUUGGUCGAUGAUUGGAGGAGGAGCAGCAACCCCGACCAAAACAAGGGAGAAAAGAACAGUGCUGGCUUUAGGAACGAAGAGGAGCUACUAUGUUCCGAGGGCUCCAUCCAUUAACCAAUGAUUACAGUUUCCUGCAUUUAUAGCUGUUGGAGAGUUUAUAGGUUGGACUGGAAAUGGAAGAAAAAUCAGGUAAUGUCAUGAUAGACGAGCUUCCUCAGUCUGA